UGGCUGGCGAGGAGUCCCUUGCUGAAGGCGGACCGCGGAGCAGCGGGCGGCGCGCGCGCGCCCGGAGGCGGCUGUUGAAGAAGUGGAGCGGCGGUCGCGGGGGGAGGAGGAGGAGGGACUGAGUGGCGGCGGCCCCCGCGUCCCGGUGCCUCUAUGGGGGAAGCAGACAAUGGAUUAUGAUUUCAAGGCGAAGCUGGCGGCGGAGCGGGAGCGGGUGGAGGAUUUGUUUGAGUACGAAGGGUGCAAAGUGGGACGCGGCACCUACGGGCACGUCUACAAGGCGAGGCGGAAAGAUGGAAAAGAUGAAAAGGAAUAUGCAUUGAAGCAAAUUGAAGGCACAGGAAUAUCCAUGUCAGCUUGUAGAGAGAUUGCACUUUUGCGAGAAUUGAAGCAUCCCAAUGUGAUCGCCUUACAGAAGGUGUUCCUUUCCCACAGUGACAGGAAAGUGUGGCUGCUGUUUGAUUAUGCGGAACACGAUCUAUGGCAUAUAAUCAAGUUUCAUCGUGCAUCAAAAGCAAAUAAAAAACCCAUGCAGUUGCCAAGAUCUAUGGUUAAGUCAUUACUUUACCAGAUUCUUGAUGGUAUCCACUAUCUCCAUGCAAACUGGGUGCUUCACAGAGACCUUAAACCAGCAAAUAUCCUAGUAAUGGGAGAAGGUCCUGAGAGAGGGAGAGUCAAAAUUGCUGACAUGGGUUUUGCCAGAUUAUUCAAUUCUCCUCUAAAGCCACUAGCGGAUUUGGAUCCUGUAGUUGUGACAUUUUGGUAUCGGGCUCCAGAACUUUUGCUUGGUGCAAGGCAUUAUACCAAGGCCAUUGAUAUCUGGGCAAUUGGUUGCAUAUUUGCGGAGUUGUUGACUUCAGAACCUAUCUUUCACUGUCGUCAGGAAGAUAUAAAAACAAGCAACCCCUUUCACCACGAUCAGCUGGAUCGGAUAUUUAGUGUCAUGGGGUUUCCUGCAGAUAAAGACUGGGAAGAUAUUAGAAAGAUGCCAGAAUACCCUACACUUCAAAAAGACUUUAGAAGAACGACAUAUGCCAACAGUAGCCUCAUCAAGUACAUGGAGAAACACAAGGUCAAGCCUGACAGCAAAGUGUUCCUUUUGCUUCAGAAACUCCUUACUAUGGAUCCAACCAAAAGAAUUACCUCAGAGCAGGCUCUGCAGGACCCCUACUUUCAGGAGGACCCCUUGCCGACAUUAGAUGUGUUUGCUGGCUGCCAGAUCCCGUACCCUAAGCGAGAAUUCCUUAAUGAAGAUGAGCCUGAAGAGAAAGGUGACAAGCAGAAUCAGCAGCAGCAGAACCAACAUCAGCAGCCCACAGCCCCUGCACCCCAGGCGGCAGCCCCUCCACAGGCACCCCCUCCGCAGCAGAGCAGCACCCAGACCAACGGGACCACAGGUGGGGUGGCAGCUGGCAUGGGGGCCACGGCGGCAGGGCUGCAGCACAGCCAGGACUCCGGCCUAAGCCAGGUGCCUCCAAACAAGAAGCCACGGCUUGGGCCCUCGGGUGCCAGCUCAGGCGGGCCCGUCAUGCCCUCGGACUACCAGGCAAAGAAUGAAAUUGAACCCCGCGUGAGUCUGCGUGAAGAGCAAAGGGGUCAGCAUCACUCUAGUUCUCGCCUGACUUACCAAAGCAGCGUUCAGGGAUCCUCUCAGUCCCAGAGCACCCUGGGCUACUCCUCAUCGUCUCAGCAGAGUGCGCAGUACCACCCAUCUCACCAGGCCCACCGGUACUGAUCCACAGCACUGCACUGGCCCUGGCCAGCCCAGAGCACAGACCCCAGCAAUAUGAUGUCUGCAUUGCAGAGAACCCCAAAGUGCAAACUGUGAUGCCAUUCAAAACUCACACACUUGGGAGGAGAGCCUUGUAUAUUGAGAACUGAUAUCUCUUCUUUACUGACUUAGAGAAGUUUUUGUGAAGUUUCCCAACCUCCUUUCCCGCAUGUGUUCCCUUGUGACUUCUCUGAUAAAGCCCGUCUGAUCUAACUCCAGCACUUCUGUAACCUUCAGCAUUUCAUGAAGGAUUUCCUGGUGCACCUUUCUCAUGCUGUAGCAAUCACUAUGACUUAUCUUUUCAAAGCUCUUUUAAUAGGAUUUUAAUGUUUUAGAAACAGGUCCAGUGGGUAUAGUUUUAUACGUCAUGAACUGAUUUAGCAACACAGGUGAAAAUGUACCUUUUAAAGCACUACAUAAUUUUCAUAGACUGUAACUGUUUUGCUUAUGGAAAUCUUAAACAGCAAGUGUUAUUGUCUCAAAGUACUCUUAUGUUAUAUUUAUCUAGUUUCAGGGAAGGUCUAGGAAAAGACAAGUGGUGUGGGACAGAGGGAACCUACCACCAAAACCAGCCUAGAUCUUUGCAGUUACUAUGCUUUAUGCUAUGAAGAAUGAAAAUAUGUGAUUUUUAUAUAACCAUUCAUAUGGAACUUAGUUCCCAGAAUCAGUGCAUUCUGAGUAGUAUUCAGUAACUAGGCGUUGUAGUUUUAACCUACAUGCAGCUAAAUUUACCUUAAAAAGGGUUUCAAGAGCUUUGAUGAAAUAUAAUCCUCUGGUGACCCAUACCAGAAAGCUGGAGAAAGUAUGAACUGCACUAGGGUUUCUUUGAGGAGUGAUGUUUAUCAAAGGGGUGUUACUUCCCCUUGAAGGAGAAGUUUUUAGUGUGUAAAGUUGGCUUCUCUAAGGAAACUGUUACUUUCUUCAGUUUCUUCACAAUUGAGUUGAAGUAACAUUCUUACAUAAUCAAGAGUACUCAAAUAGAAGCCUGCAAAUUCAUAUGCUUUUAAAAUCAAGAGCAGCGUGCUCUGUUUGUACUUGCAUUAGACAUAGACUAUUUUUAAAGCAUGUUAAAAAUUUAGGUUUUAUACAUGUUUAAAGUAUGUAUUAUGUAUUAUGCAUAAUUUUGCUGUUGUUACUGAAACUUCUAUCGAGAAUCUUCAUUGCACUGAAUGCUUUCUUUUGCUCCUAGGAGAAAACUUAAUAAUUGUGCCUAAAAAACUAUGGGCAGUUAGUGUAAGGCUAUACCAGAUAAGGUGAAUAUUUGCAUUUCCAUUAUCUAUGAAUUUGAGGCUGAGUUUUUUCUCAGCCACUGUAAGUAGCACCUCAAUCCCCAGAGUUAAAACGUAAAGACUUAGAGCUCCCAUUGCAAUGUAAGGGGCAAAAAUUUUGUGUUCUUCUGAAUGCUACUAGCAACACCAGCCUUGUUUUAAUGUUUUCCUGAGCUAGAAGAAAUAGCUGAUUGUCAUAUAUGCAAAUUGUAUGCAUUUUUAAACUAUUCUUUGUGAACGUAUCUACCUGGUUAUGAUACUCUGGGUCCAUAUACAAGUAAAAUAAGAUUUAAGACAGAAGCCAGUAUACAUUUUGCACUAUUGAUAUGAUACUGUAGUCAGGCAGGACUUUACUGAUCUCAGCAUAAUAAUGCUUAAUAGUGAUGAUAAGACUGUAGUGACAGUCUUCAAGAUGGAAGGUGAAACAGUUGGCAUGCUCCAUUGGCAGGAAUUUCUGAUCAUCCCCGUGGUGUUUAACCCCUUUUGUUCUUUAAGAAGUUAGCCUCCUUGCAUGGUAUAGUCACCUGUGCAGGGUUCUGUCCCAUGCCCUGAAGCCUCCUUAGCCAGAGCUGCUGAUCAGCAAGUGCUGAAGCACCCUCAGCCUGUGCCGUCUUUCGGGAGCCCAUGGGAGCUUGUGAUCACUUCAGUGUUAACAAGUGCUCCUGGAAAGUCCAUGCUGUGUGUUUGACUUACAGCAACACAAAGAUCCUUUUGUUUGCUUGUAAAUCUACUUGGAUAGUUAUUCUUCCGAAUUCUAUAGUAAACAGUGUUAUGGAAAGGUUUCUGUGUCUGUCUAUGGUAGGACAAAGCCAGUGAUUUAAGUAUCACGAAAGGCAUUCCUGUAUAUUUGAAAUGUUCACAGCAGCCUUGCACAAUUGGGUGGCCCUGGUAGGCAGAGCAUUCUCUAUGAAAUGGUUGUACGGAAUUAUAGUUAAAAAUAUAAGCUCUGUUCUUGAUGUGAGGGAAGCUUAAAUUUAAUUAAAGAAACCCCCAAAAUGUAUAUAAGCCAAGAUGCCAUACCCCUUAGUACUUUAUAAGUAAUUUUGAUAUGUAAUUCUUAGGAUACAUGCUUAUACGUGGACAGAACUGCCCUGCUUUCCUUGUACAUAGUGAACCUUACUGGUAGCACUAACACAAACCACAGGGGGGUUCGUCAGUUGCUCCCAGGGCGCAGUAUUCUCCAGGACAUAGCCAGAGGUCCCCCGCUACACAUACGACUGGGUUUCUCAUCACUGCACUAUUUCUGCCCCUUUCUCCUCUUAAUGCCUCAGGGCUUGGGAUACCUACUAUUGCCCGUUUCACUUUGAAGUGAUUUUGGUUAGUAAUUUCUUUUUGUAUAAAGGACAAAGCUUUCCACACAUGAGGGCCCAGCGUUGUGGAACCUCCAAGGAGAACUGUAAAGCUUUCUGAAGGCAAAGUUUAUCAUUGUGGUCCCCAAAGGACUACAUUCCCUUUUGACAGUCUAACGAUACGUCCCCAGGGGUGCAGAGGGCACAUCCCUCAACCUGUGGACACCUGGACCAGGGGAAGUACUGAAAGGAAGGAAUGAAGCCAAGGGAAGGUUUUCUGCUCUUGAUAUUACUUUAGGGUUAGCUUGCUAGUGAGGUGUAUGUUUGGGAAAAGGGAUUCAAGAACACAGGACAGAUGAACUUGAAAUAAGGUGGAUUGGUGGCAGGACUGAUCCUGUGAGGCUGAACAAUCCUUGUCAUGAAGUAGAUCAUGUAGUAAGGCGCAAAGACCAAGGGCGUGUGUAUUUUUAUACCUGUGUGGUUUGAAACUUUAGUACUUAGAAUGUUGGCCUUUCUGUGCUACUCUUUCGCUCCUACAGUUUACUCUCAAGAAUGGAAAGAGACGUGUAUGUGCGUGUUCGCUGCUUCAUUCCUGGUGAAGCAACUGCCGGUGGUUCUCUGUGCCUGUAAAGCGGAGCUCUGUGCUCUGACAGAGGUAAAAGAGAAGAAGUAGCUGGAGAGUGAGACUUGGAAUUUGAUCUGCUUUUGAGGAGCAGAAACUACACAAUGAAGGAUGAAUUCUGUGAAAGUUGCAAAUCUUAAACUCUGUGGUGGUGUCUUCCCGCGGGAUAGAGAAAUGCAGUGACGUGUCCAGUAGAUGAACAAACUUGAAGAAGGAGUCAGAUGCAAGUAAUAUUUUAUAUAAAACUUAGCAGUUUAGGUCUCCAUAAUCUUCAAGAAUAGUCACAAAUAUAAGGCAAAGGUCACUGUUCUAGGGUUUGUUUUUUAAAAUGUGUUGUACCUAAGGCCAUACUUACUCUUCUGUGCUCUCACUGUAAGGGAGUGAUACAUACGUAUUAUAUGAACAAAACUCUUAAUGCACUGUUAUCUCCUAAAUAUUUAGUAAAUUAAUUCUAUUUAAUUUUUUUAAAGAUUUGUCUGUGUAGACACUAAAAGUAUUACACAAAAUCUGGACAGAAAGUGUCCUUUUUAACAACAAUUGAAAGUACUUUUUAUAUAUGUUAUGUAGUACAUCCUUUCUAAACUGCCUAGUUUGUAUCUCUUAUAACUCCUGUUUGUGAUGUGUGCCUGUCUUUGUCUCUUUUACAGUCAUUUUCUGCACGCAUCCUUUUUGUAUUACUAUUGCGAUGGCUGGGCUUCCCUGCCCCGCUGUGGUGCGGGUGCUCUGAGGCCAGUGCCUCUGCACGGUCCGCGCUGUGGGCGCUGGGGGAGCUGCCACUUGGGAGCCCGGCGUCUCCCGCUCCUCAGUGUCCCGACAUCCUUCUUGAAAUAACUGUUAAAAUAAAUUAGAUUGCAUUUAUUUUAUAUUCUUGGUUGAAAUAAAAUCCAAUUGGCUUU